AUGCAUAUGAGUGACGAACAACCUGCCGUUAAUCUUGCAAGCUUCAAGGUGCCCAAGUUACUCCACGCCAACAGCCGGAUCCGAGAGGAAGCUGUCCCGAUACUCUUCGAAAAAUGCGUAUUCUUUGUUCCCGUGAACAGCGACCUUAUUUUGUAUGAGAACUUCGUCAACGAGAUCCAUGAAGUUAGCCAACUAAGACUUCGUCUUGGUAUUCUAAUCGCGAAUGGUGGACUUAUUCAUCAAGUACCUUUUGCGAUAAGCAUCUUGCGUCUAUUGCGAAGGAAGAAGGCAUCUGUCAGGCGCCUCCGAGCCGAACUUGAUCUCAAAUCCAGGCAAGAGUCGCCUGUCAUCGGACAGAACGCUGUAGAGUGGAUGCAUUCCCCUUCCAUCGCGCCUCAUGCCUUCAUGAAGGACAUCUUGUUUCAAAUCUGCUUUGAUGAUACGGCUGAAGGCAAAACCUCUAUGCUGGAGUUCAGAGUAGCUGGUGGGACGGCCGAAAUCGGGAUCCCGGAAGAUUUCGACGAGACUUGGACGAGUUUGGCGAAGAUCAAUAGCAAUAUAGCAAACUUGGUCUGGCAAAUUAUAUUGCAAAGGUCUUGGCUCAGAGGAUUCUCAUUGGAUGAUGUGAGAACUCUUGGGAAGCUGUAUUCAUGCUGGGAAGGUUCCUAA